AUCGUGGCGCGCAUGAGCCUCGACGAGCGCGUCGCCGCCGUGUCCGGCCGCGACUGGUGGACGACCGUGGGCUGCGCGCGGCUGGGCGUGCAGAGCGUCUGGCUCUCCGACGGCCCCCACGGCCUGCGCAAGUGCAAGAGCAGCGCCGUCGUCGGCGGCGGUUUAAGUUUGACGACGGAAGCGCACUGCUACCCCACGGCCGUGACGCUCGGGUCGUCCUUCGACGUCGACCUCGCGGAGGCCGUCGGCGAAAGCAUCGGCGCCGAGGCGCGGUACCGCGGCGUCGGCGUCGUGCUGGGCCCCGGCGUCAACCUCAAGCGGUCGCCCCUCUGCGGGCGCAACUUCGAGUACCUCUCCGAGGACCCCUACGCGUCCGGGUCCCUCGGCGCGGCCUGGGUCCGGGGCUGCCAGCGCAACGCGGGCGUCGGCGCGUCGGUGAAGCACUUCGCGGCGAACAACCAGGAGUCGAACCGCAUGUUCUGCGACUCGCGCGUCGACGCGCGGACGCUGCGGGAGUUGUACCUGCCGGCCUUCGAGAUGGUCGUGCGGGAGGCGAAGCCCUGGACGGUCAUGACGGCGUACAAUCGCCUCAACGGCGCCUACUGCAGCGAGCACGAUUGGCUCCUGCGGCGCGUGCUCCGCGACGAGUGGGGGUUCGAGGGUUUGGUCGUCAGCGACUGGUGGGCCGUGCGCGACCGCGUCAAAGGCGUCGCCGCGGGCAUGGACCUCGAGAUGCCGACGAGCCACGGCAUCCGCGGCGCCGCGCUGAAGCGCGCCGUCGCCGACGGGUCGCUGCCGUCGAGCGCCGUCGACGCCUGCGCGGCGCGCGUCGUCGCGCUCGCCCUCGCGGCGGCGUCGGGGCCCGGCGACGCGCCCGUGGACGACGGCGCCGCGCGCGCGCUCGCGCGGCGCGCGGCCGUCGGCGGCGCCGUGCUCCUCAAGAACGACGGCGCGCUGCCGCUCGUCCGGGGCCGGCGCGUCGCCGUGCUCGGGGCGCUCGCCGCGCGGCCGCGGGUCCAGGGCAACGGGUCCUCGGGCGUCAACUGCUCCCCUGACGCGCCGCUGGCGGCGCUCGGGGCCUACGCGACGAUCUCGCACGCGGCGGGCUACGAAUUGACGACGUCGCGCGUCGUCGACGGCGGCUUCCGGGCGCGGCGCCGGCGGGCGCGGCUCCGGGACGAGGCGCUGGCGCUGGUGGAGGGCGCGGACGCCGUCGUCGUCGUCGCCGGCCUCCCGCAGGCGUACGAGUCGGAGUGCUACGACCGCCUCGGUUUGGACCUGCCGCCGGACCAGGACGCGCUCAUCGCGGCCGUCGCGGCGACGCGGCGCGACGUCGUCGUCGUGCUCCAGAACGGGUCGCCCGUCGCCAUGCCCUGGGUCGGCGACGUCGCGGCCGUCCUGGAGAUGUACCUCGCGGGCGAAGCGGGCGGCUCGGCGCUCGCGGAUCUCCUCUUCGGCGCCGCGAACCCGGGCGGCAAACUCGCGGAGACCUUCGCCAGGUCCGCCGCGGCGCACCCGUCGGCGCGGACCUUUGGGAAGAUGCGCCAGGUCGUCUACGACGACCGGCUCGACGUGGGCUACCGCCACUUCGCGCGGCCGCGCCACGCGCGCGACGUGCUCUUCCCCUUCGGCCACGGCCUCAGCUACACGACCUUUACGUACGGCGAGAUCGCCCUGACGCCGGGCGCCGGCGCGUGCGACCCCGAGCUGCGCGUCGCCGUGGCGAACGCGGGCGCCGUCGCCGGAAGCGAGGUCGUCCAAUUGUACGUCUCCGAGCGGAACCCGAGGCUCCGGCGGCCGCUCUUCGAGCUGAAGCGCUUCGCGAAGCUGUUUCUGGAGCCCGGGCCGGCGCCCGGGGAGACGAAGACGGCGACCUUCGCGCUCGACUUCCGCUGCUUCGCCUACUGGGACUCGCGCCUCGAAAAAUGGCGCGCGGACGACGGCGCGUUCGACCUUCUCGUGGGCGCGUCGUCCGCGGACGUCCGGAGCCGGGCGACGUGGACCGUGGCGGGCGCGACGCCGCGGUCCGCGCCGCCG